UUCUUUGAAAUUUUCAAUUCCUUCACUCUUCUUAAACUUCAAUUAUUGUUUUGCCAAUACCAAUUUCCUUCAACAUGUCUACACCAGCAGAAUACUAUCGAUCUCUUCCACCUGUGAGCAAGAUCUAUGGAGUGGCCUGUUUGAUGACCACUUCUGCAUUUUAUCUGCAGCUCUAUGAUGCAUGGAACAUAGCACUUGUUUAUGGACCAGUGUUUAAACGCCUUCAGGUUUGGAGGCUUAUCACAAAUUUCUUCUUUCUUGGGCCGUUUUCGUUUCCAUUUGCUGUUCGUCUGAUAAUGAUAGCAAAGUAUGGUGUUUCAUUGGAAAGAGGACCCUUUGACAAGAGAACUGCAGAUUAUGUUUGGAUGUUCAUAUUUGGUGCACUCUCUCUUCUGGUGAUUUCAGCAGUGCCAUAUUUCCGGUAUCCAUUCUUGGGAGUUUCGUUAGUUUUCAUGAUCGUCUAUGUUUGGAGCCGCGAGUUUCCAAAUGCACGAAUCAACAUUUAUGGUGUCGUAUCAUUGAAGGGAUUUUACCUUCCAUGGGCUUUGCUUGCUCUGGAUUUAAUAUUUGGAAGUCCUAUAAAACCAGACAUCUUAGGUAUGCUUGCAGGACACAUGUAUUACUUCUUAACAGUGCUUCAUCCUCUUGCUGGGGGAAACUUCAAAUUCAAAACCCCUCUUUGGGUUCACAGAAUAGUAGCAUAUUGGGGAGAGGGUACACAGAUAAAUUCUCCUGUGCAAUCUGAUCCUUCUGCUGGAAUUGUAUUUAAAGGAAGAGGCCAUCGUCUUGGUGGCACUCAAAGAACAGCAGCAAGAGACACUGCAGAGCAAACUGAAGGAAAUGUUUCUGCUUCCUCACAUCAGCAACAGACUCAGAGUAAUGGAGUUGCUUUUAGAGGAAAGAGUCAUCGUUUAAAUGGAUGACUUUGUAACAUCAUUUCUCUCUCACUAUCAUCCUCUUUCUCUGUAAUUUUUAUUUAACUAUUUCCUGCAUGUUAUGUCUUUCAUCCUAAAUUUUGAAACCAACCUUGUUACAGAUAUUUUUAUGUUUUUAUGUUAGUAUGAUCAUCUAGACUUUCUGUUUGA